AUGGUCGGUGUAUGUUUUUUACGAACAACUUCUACGUUUUUCAAUAUUGCACGAACUACUUCCUUUAGAACGUUGACUACCAUGGCAAACCCAAAAUGUUUCUUUGAUAUUGCUGCUGGCGGACAGCCAUUAGGUCGUAUCGAAUUUGAACUUUUUGCCGACGUUGUUCCUCAAACCGCUGAAAAUUUUAGAGCCUUAUGUACUGGAGAAAAAGGGUUUGGAUACAAAGGUUCCAAAUUCCAUCGUGUUAUUCCCCAAUUUAUGCUUCAAGGUGGUGACUUUACCAGGGGAGAUGGUACCGGUGGAAAGUCCAUCUACGGUCAAAAAUUUAAAGAUGAAAACUUUAACUUGAAACACGAAGGACCAGGUACCCUUUCUAUGGCUAAUUCUGGUGCCAACACCAAUGGCUCCCAAUUCUUUAUUUGCACAGUUAAGACUAGUUGGUUAGAUGGCAAACAUGUCGUGUUUGGUAAAGUUGUUAAUGGUAUGGAUGUAGCCUAUGAGGUAGAAAAAUUGGGUUCAUCCAAUGGAAAAACAAGCAAGGAUAUUGUAGUUGUUGACUGUGGUCAACUCUGA